UGAUCCAUGCAGAAAACGGUCAAGAUGGCGGCGCCCUGAGAGAAAAGUGCGUCCGAUAUCUCCUUUUCAAAUUCCUACUUUGCGCGUUUGUUUCUUCCUUCCUCGGAUUUUACCAACGUUGUAUAAUAGGUGUAGCUAAUGAAGUGUCCAAAAUGAUAAGAAGAGGGGUGAUAUUACGAAUUUUAACGAGACAAUGGCCAAGUGAACCCUCAAGAUGUCUUGGACCGCAAACUUCACAUCUUCUUCAAGUUGUUGACCAAAGACCCGUGCAAGGAGGACCACCGAAGUGUCAUCUUAGUACGCUACGGGUUACUACAAGGAUAGAUAGAUUUUCCCCCAUGCUGAAUCUAUCACGGACUUACGCUUCAAAGAAAGGUAAAAAAGGAGCCCAGAGACCAGCUGAGCCCUCCGACACCGAGGAAAGUGAUGAGGAAGCCGAGAAGGACCCUCUGGAGGAUGACAGUGACUAUGAAGACACCAAAGAGUCCAGCGAACCCAAGGAUUACAAGGACAUCACCAGGGUGGUGCCUUCUGUACGUUUGGAUGCUCUCCUAAAGGCUGGGCUGGACACAUCCAGGCAUAAAAUUGAGGAGGAAUUCUAUGCCAACAAAAUCAGGGUGAACGGACAAAAAGUGUCAAAGAAAAGCAUGUCGCUGAAGGAAGGGGAUACAGUUGACCUGAUCCGGAGCACACAGACGGGGCAGGAAGGGACGAUGAGCGUCUCGCGCGUUGUGCUGCUAAAAACCGAGAACCGGACGACCCAGUCAGGGAACACUUACGUGCAGCUGAGGAGAUGGAAGGCCCUGUCUGUCCCUAACCCCAAGAAGAGACCCGGAGUCACCGAGCAGACUGAGGACUGAAAUGUGUUGAAAUUGUCAUCUUCUAAUUUCUCUGACAUAUCAAUGCAUCACAUGGCACAUGUGCAGUUCAAACCAUGCACCAAAUUCUUGUCUUCUAACUUAUCUAAGUUCUCUGUCAAUAGUUCAGUUCAUCAUCAAUCUCUCAUUGUUCAGUCAAGUUAAGUUUCAAGCUGUAAUCAUAGAUAUUGUAGU